UUCUCUGGGAGCAAAUUCUGAUUCCCUUUGCCAUUUCUAAUGCACGUAAAUAAUUUUUAAUCAAAUUAUUGCUAUUCAAAUACAUCAACGGAUAAUUCAUGGGGGCUAAGUUCGAGCGUGUCAAAACCCAGUUCACAUAGCCUAAUUGCCAGGUUUACCAAUCCCCACCUCGAACACCAACACCACCUUCCCCCCCAAAAAAAAAAUUUAUCCCAUCUUCUAAUAUUAAGACCUCUCACCAGCUCAUCCCUCUGUGCUUAAGCUUCCAUUAUUAAUUUACUGCUAUUGGAAAUUAAAAUUAGGAAAUUUUGACCACCUUCCUUUACAACCACCUAGGCUCUAACCGGUAACCACCCUAUCCUGUCUUUCCCCUUGGUAGCUGCUGCCUUUCUUAUUUUCCGGAAAAUCCCAUUUAGUCUCCCCUCCUCAACAACAACAACACAAGUUGACAAGAGAAGAAGCUACGCGUAAACUACAUCAAAAAACCGGUGGACGACAUAGCUGACUCGCCACUUCCCUUGCGGCAUACCCUUUCCGCUUCGCAAAUCGCAACCUCCCCAACACAACAGCCUCUCUAGCCUCCAUCCACCGCAUCCUUUGUCCCUCUUCAUUUCUCCAAGAACCUCAGAAAAAAUUUUCAGGUAUUAUACGGGUAUUACGAGGAAUUUUUGAAAGACAAUAUCCGUACAUAGAUUUCAUCAGUUUUUUCAGAAGAACCCCAUGUGGCUAAGACGAACUAAGUCAAAUAUUCGGAUUCAGCACCCCAACUUUUCCUGCUCUUCGUUCAAAGACAUCCAGAGUCUCUGUGCCGAAGAUUAUAAUUCCGAGUCCGACCCAACCAAUCGGCCCAAGAAAUCUGUUUUCCACCGAGUCCGACUAGCCAACUCGGUCCUCCGCGCCUUCGCUUCCUCCCCCUCCGCCCUCGACCCUUUUCCCGAAUCAAAUGUCUCCGCCGCCCCACACCACCCAUUGCCCUCCUCAAAAUCACUCUCAUUUGAGAAUCCAAACGAAUCAGAGCCGUCGAUUUCUUUGCCAGGAGCUGAAAAGCGCGUAGUGGUGUACUUCACGAGCCUGCGAGUGGUCCGCUCCACGUUUGAGGAUUGCAAAAACGUCCGAUCCAUCUUACGCGGCUUGGGGGUCGUAAUCGACGAGCGAGAUCUGUCGAUGGACCACGGGUUCAUGGAGGAGCUGCAGAGGAUUCUGGGCCAUUCUGAAAAGACGAAACUGACUCUCCCUCGAGUUUUUAUCGGGGGGAGGUACUUUGGUGGCGCUGAGGAGAUCCGGCGGCUCAAUGAAACGGGGGAGCUGAAGAAAUACGUGGAGGGCCUGGGCCUCCCCGCCGACCCCGGCACGUGCGAGGUGUGUGGUGGGCAUAGAUUUAUCCUCUGCCACCAGUGCAGCGGAAGCCACAAAUGUUAUAGUGAAAAAGGUGGGUUCAAGAGCUGUACAACUUGCAAUGAGAACGGUCUGAUCAGGUGCCCUUCUUGCUCCGGCGCUGCUUUCUGAGCCGUCCGAUUAGAUAAGUGAUCAAUGUUAUGAUUCGUACCGUUGAUACUACUUUAAUUAGGUUCUCUUAGAAAGAUAAGGAAUUAAGGAUUAAAUAGAUGAUGAAGGUUGGCAGGGUGAAAAAGUGGUGGCUUUUUUUUCCUACACUUUUCUUUUCUUUUCUCUUCUUUUUUUCUUUGGGACAGAUUUGUAAUUGUGUUGAGUUAGGUGCAAUGUGCAAAUGCAAAUGAAAUCAGUGGAAAUGCAGGAAGGUGCUAGUGCCAAAUGCUCAUGUGACAUUCCUUUUUGUUUUCUAACUUUAGUCUUGUAAAGUAGUGACCAACAUGUUGGGGAUCAACUAUCAAGAGAUAAUGAUAUGUUCCUUUGUCAUGCAGUUAAAUUGAUGACUUUACAAAACUGAAAA